GAUAUCUAAAGUUUGCUUCAUCAAUUUUUCCCGUCAGCUUCAGAAUCCAGGUGCCAUUAUGAUGCGUGACUAGCCAAUGCGGCAAUUGACUAAGCGGCUUGAUCCUUCGUUUAGUUUUCAAUGAGUGGUUUCUCAUCAACACUUCGAGCAUGGAGUUAUACGCUUCGCCGUAUUCGAGUGCCACCAUCUUAUACGCAUUUGAAUGCCUCCUUAGAGAAGUAGUAUGGACCGUCAAAUUUCGUCGAGUCCAUCUAGGGAAGCAUGCGGCUGCGCGAAGCGUCGCGGUAAGCAGACUGCUUAUAUCGCUCUGGGAAGUAAUGUCGGCGAUCGAGUAGCCAUGAUUGAGCAGGCGUGUAAAGAGAUGGAUGCGAGAGAUAUCAAAGUCAAGAGGACGAGCAGUCUCUGGGAAACUGAACCCAUGUACGUUCUAGAUCAAGAUAGAUUCGUGAAUGGAGCUUGCGAGGUCGAAACCGAUCUGGAGCCAUUGCCGUUAUUAGACCAAUUGCAAGACAUAGAGAAGUCUAUGGGAAGGCGGAAACUCAUAGAUAAGGGUCCUCGAAAUAUCGACCUAGACAUUUUGCUUUAUGAAAAUGAAAAGGUCGAUCAUGAGAGACUCAAAAUCCCUCAUAUUGGUAUCCCUGAACGUGAAUUCGUUCUCCGCCCUCUCGCCGAACUCAUCCCGCAAAAGUCAAUUGACCCUUCCAAACCAUGGAAAUUUAUCCAGGAUUACCUGAAUGAGUUGCCCGAAACGCCUGAGCCACUCUCGACUCUGACACCGAUAUGCGCCUCAGUAGAACCUUUGAAUGCCCUCAAGGCAACGCGGAAAACACAGGUAAUGGCCAUUCUUAACAUAACGCCUGACUCAUUCUCGGAUGGGGGGAUACAUACCCCCGACUCGUUAAGGGACACAAUCAUGGCUUAUGUCCGAGGCGGCGCCACGAUUUUUGAUAUAGGUGGCCAAUCCACAGCUCCGGGUACGCUCGAAGUCAGUGCGCAAGAAGAAAUGGACCGUGUCUUGCCUGUUAUCGAACUUAUCCGCAGCCUUCCCGAAACACGCGAUGUCGCGAUUAGCAUAGAUACAUACCGAGCCUCAGUUGCCGAAGCAGCCGUCAAGGCUGGCGCAGACAUCGUUAACGAUGUGUCUGCGGGUCUCAUGGACGCGGAUAUGCUUCUCACGAUGGCCCGUUUGGGGAAAACGGUCUGCUUGAUGCAUAUGAGGGGAAACCCUAGUACAAUGAGUAAGCUAAACGAAUAUCCGGAGGGACUUAUCCCGACUAUCGCUCGGGAAUUACUCGAACGGGUAGCGGCAGCUGAGGCGGCGGGUAUCCGCAGGUGGCGUAUCAUUCUCGAUCCGGGGCUUGGAUUCGCCAAGGUCGGCGAGCAGAACUUACAAUUACUUCGCCAUUUCGACGAGCUACGUAACUGGCCCGGAUUAGAGGGUCUGCCAUGGCUCGUGGGGUCCAGCCGUAAGAGCUUCAUCGGCAAGGUCACAGGCGUGCCGAAACCUAUGGAUCGCGUCUUUGGCACUGCAGCGACCGUUGCCGCGGCGGUACAGGGCGGCGCGGAUAUAGUGCGUGUCCACGACGUCGUGGAGAUGGGGCAGGUAGUCAAGAUGGCUGACGCCGUCUGGAGAUAUUAAAGUAACACAUUGCAUUUUGUGUUACUGCCUAUGGAAAUUACAUGUGUCAAGUGCCAGAGCCUCCAGGGUCCUAUCAUCCCUCAUUUUUGUAAAGCGUUCAGUUCAUUCAGACCCUUCCAUAUUCCCAUU